UGAGGACGAAGGCAUGUUCUCACCUCGUGACGUGGGGAUUCUGGUAUUCGUUCUGUUGUCGGUUUCAUAUGCUUUCUCUGUCGCUGAAGGAGUAAAGAAUUUUAGUACAAGCCGUUUGGGGAAGUAUAGGGAAGAAUUUUAGUACAAGCUGUUUUCGGGGAAAUACAGGGGAAGCACUGCAGCAGAGCUAAUUCGCCGAGAGCUCCCAGGGUGCGAUCCUCAUCACGAUGGGGUGUAAGUUAUUUCUCUUGCCACCGUUAAUCAUCCCUUCGACCACGAUGCUAAGUACUAUUGUUUUGGUGCUUAUGACACUUGGGUUCCCGACGAGUAUCCCCCUCCUGUCCCGGUUUAAUGGCUGUAAGCUGGUUGCUGCUGCCUCCGUCACUUUGGGGACUGGCAAUGGUGGAGACAUCAGCACGGGCCACCCGGAAGCAUUCGUAGCGGACAGUUCACCUGCAGCAGCUGGGAGUCCAAGGAUGGUUUCAGCAUCGCGAAGAAGCCUGCAGUCCCGUCGGUACACCCUCCAAGUCCAAGAUGCUUUGCUCCGUCCCAAUUUCGGGUACUACGUUCUGGAUGCCAAAGGCGUUGAGAGCAGUGCUUAUGCUAAAGAUGUUCUCAUGACCGAGACCGAAAUCCUGUACUUUCUGGAAUACAACGACACAGGCGCUGAACCUCUUCAAUGUCUGAAGAAAGCAGAGAAAUCUCUCGAUCCUAACAGUACCAGCGGCUAUACCAUCUCCACUGUUGCUGGGCCAUGGAAAAUGCAAACCGCGCCAGCUGAUAGUGCUGAUGGCAGCAGCAGUAAUGGGGAGGGAUUUGAGAUGGAUGGCAUUCUGGUUCCUGGUGAAACAGGGGCGAUGGUGCUGCUCACCGACCACAGUGCAGGGGUUGUUCGAAAGGUGGACCCCCGAACCGGGCAAAGUGGGGUAUUUAUGUCUGUGGACAUGCCCCGGCGACUGGCUAAACAUCCGACGGAGGCAGUGAUCUAUAUCUCCACGCAGAGUUGCAUCUACAGUGUUCCGUUCUCGGAGUCCCCGUUUUCGGCAACCGGCGAUCUCCAACUACUAGCUGGCGACACCCAUUACACGGGCUUUGUGGAUGCUACUGUGCUUCCUCUAGAUUCCAGGUUUGACAAUCCGCUUAUUGGUUCCCGAGCGAUUCCUGCAAACGGGAGCUACUUGUUGUAUGUAGCAGAUCAGCAGAACCAAGCGGUGCGGUGUGUGGACCUGACCACAGGGGCUACCAACACCAUAGCUGGAAUGUUGCCGCCCGAGUCUGUGGAACAUACUCCAGACAGGGGCCCAAGCCUGAGGGCACGCGGGGAUGGUUCGCCGCACGUUGCAGAGUUCAAGGAGACUGUUGGGUUGGCUGUGACAGCAGAUGGGUGUAACCUGUUCGUUGCAGAGGGAGAGGGUGGAGUUAUUCGCUGGCUGAAGUUGAAGAGCGUGGGUGGGGAUGUCAUAGAGUCAAGGCGGAUUGCGAGCUUGCAUGACGAUACUUCGAACACAACCAUUUCGGGAAAGUUCACUUCCAUAACGCUAUCUCCCGGAGAUCGGUAUCUGUUGGCUGGGGCAAUCGACGCUCGGAUAUACAAGAUGGAGAUAAACUCUUCCCUCCUCUACAAGUGCGGCCCAUCAUCAGCAGCAUCAGCAGAAGCAGCUGGAGCAGCAGGAGCCGAUGCUGCAAUGCCGAAUUACGAUAGACCUUCACAGAAUGCAUCUGUUCCACCUGCUGGCAUACAUCUGCAUUUUUCUGGAAGUGCCAAGUUGAUCAGAUUCUCUUUCAGUCAUGCUGUGCAACAAUGGCUUGCCAUUGUUGCUGUCAUCCUGGCCAUAUAUGCUGGUACUCGUAGUAAUUGAUGUUGAUGUCGUCAUCUUUGUAUGAUUGCUCCUAGUAUUCUGGCUUCAGAAUACAGACCCCAUUCUGAACUAUAUUCAGGUUGGCAUCGCUCUUCUGACCACAGCAACUGGCCUGGCCACACAGGAAAGAAAACCACGGUGUGGAGAGCGGAGUGUGUAAAUCCGUCGAUGUGAGCAAUCAUACCGCUGGGGCUUGGUCAGUACAUGCUUAGCGAACUAUGGAGAGCAGACGAGUGUGAGAAGGUGGAAUCAGCAACAGCUAGAGAGCAUCCCAUUUGUCUCUAUUCUGUGACCUUCGACCUGAGAUCGUAGCGGGCUUAAUGUUUUGGGCAUUGGCAGAGUGCAGAAGCCUAUGGGUGAGCAUGCAUGGUGGAAGGUGGGAAACGCUGGACCUGGAGUUGGUACCAAGUUUCUCAAGCCAUGGCAGGCUAGUGGUUGUUGUUAGUUAAGCCGGGUGGUGGAGGCUACUGUAGUUUUAGAUCUGACUCGGUGGUUGGUUUUGCCCGGAGAAUUUUUAUGCAGAGUGGUUCCGUGCCCUGAGGCUUUUUUUUCCUUUGCUUUUUUUGUCAGACUUCGUGUGGGUUCCACUGAUGGAGGUGAUGUGGCUCCCUCAAGUGAUUCCCUGUGUUGAAGGCUCCAUCUAUCGGUGUGGAGCUGCACCUGCUGGAAACGGGUUCACUGUCGCGUAUGAUACAAAAGACCAACUGAGCAUGUUCGAGGAUGUCUGAGCGUAUCUGAGAGAGAGAGAGAGAGAGUAACUGGCAAUGUUCGUGUCUGAUCGUUGUCGUAUCUCAUCCUUUUUUUGUAGGUUCUCGGUAGUGGUCAUGUAUUGCUAGCCCCCCCACCGAACCAGUGCAGAUCCACCAAGGAACGAUCGUGUGGGGGGAAGGGGUACGGGAAGUCGGCUGGGGGGCGCAGCGGGAUGGAUGGGUUGUUCAUGCAGUCUUUGAGGCAUAGAUUGUAGACUGGCUGGGGGCCGCAGCGGGAUGGCUGGGUUCAUCCACAGUCUUUGAGGCAUAGAUUGUAGUCUCUUUUAUUCUGGUGGCGGCCUCUUGUUGCUGUGGCUCCUGCCAUGCGGGUUCUACUUAGGGAGGUGAUAAGAGCUCCCUCCUUAAGUGAGUGGUUCCCUGUACUACAGGCUGGAUCUAUUGGCGGGGGGAGAAGCACCUGCUGGGAAACAGGACUACCGGUAGCGUCCCACAUGAUAUUGAAGAAACAUCUGAGCAGUUUGACGGCGUGCAAGCGUGCGAGCGUAUCGGAGAGAGUAACUGCCAACAUCUGUGUCCGCUCAUUGUAGUACCUCAUCCGUUUUUUGUAGGCUCGGGUCAAAAUGCCCGGAGGCUACUCACGGCACCACCAAGGCAAAAUGAUCCCAUGGGCUUUGGGUGGCAUGUGUUUUGUGUGCUUUUUUUUUUUUUUUUUUUUUUUUUGGUGGAAAAACAUGAGUUUCUGGACUCCUGAAGGACUUGUCCUUCUCUAGUUUUUUGGUGCCCUGCCACCACCGGUCUUAGCACUUGGAGUUGUUCUGCGGACAUCACCAAGGAAACAAUUCCACCAUCUAUGCCAAGAUGGCAUAAGUAAAGGGUGGUUGUUUUUUUCCGAUCUUGGCAAAGAAAGAAUAGUUCCUCAAACUGGAUUGCGAUUUCAUAAGCGCG